UGUACUGAAGAAAGAGCGGGCCGCGUUUCAGAAAAAUCCUCCCGAACAAAAGCCCUUUCUUCAUCUUCGUUUCGCAGGCAGAAUAUUAAAAAAGAAAAGAAACGAGGGAAGAAAAAAAACUCUCCGAAACCCUUCUCUCCCUUCCUAUAAAUACCCCUCGCAUCAUUUUCUCAUUUCGAAACGCCAUUCGAUUGACAUAAAAAACCUCCAAAGACAAAAUCCCCAAUUUCUCUCUCUCUCUCUCUCUCUCUCUCUCUCUAUAUAUAUAUAUAUCUGGAUUAGGUUUAGGGUUUCUGAGCAUAAAUUCUCUGCUCAUCAUUCGCCGAUCGUUCAAGAAGCUCCGGAGGUAGGUAGGUUUUAUCUCUCGAUCCUCCUUCGAUUCUCUGAAAUUUAUGUGAAUUAUCGCUUCAAUCUCCUCGUAUCGCCGUCGAAAUCCGUUCUGGAAGAAUCUCCGCUCUUGAUUUUUUGCCUCUCUCUAAUUUCAACGGGAAAUUCGUGGAUUUCUUUGUCCUUGAUGGAGAUAGAUCGAGAUUAGGGUUAGGGUGUUGCAGUAACGCAAGAAUUAUUGCUUCGGUUUCUUUCCGUCACUGCUGGAAGCUGUUCCAUCGAUUCCUGUUUCUUAGGGGUUUUCAUAGGUAAGGAAAAGGUUGUGGUUAGGAUCAGCGUUCUGGAGAAAUGGAAACAUCUGGCGGGAAUUCCGAUUCAUACAGGAGUUCUUCAGGCAGUAGCAGUUCGAGAAGAUAUGGGAUGCAGUUUUCAGCAUCAAGUUUUAUCCAGGCGCCAUUAUCUGCGCUGUUGGAGUAUUCGGGUAUUCUCCGAGCCCGGUCGAGUCAUCAGGAAAAUGAGGGUCUGAUUGAUGGGCAAAAUCGGUUGGAUGAUUCUGCUGCUGGGGAGGUCUCGAUAAGGAUAAUUGGUGCUGGAGAUCAAGACAAUAUUCGUACAGGCCUGCCUGUGGGUCAGGUGAGGGAUGCGGAUUCUCUUCAGAAUGGCAGUCCUGUGGAGCAGAUUACUGGGGCACCACUGUUAGGGGCGGACCGUCCAGCAGAUGGUGGGAGUGGAGAUAGGGGUCCGUCGUCAUCAUCACCAAUCUUGCCUGCUAGUUCGCCAACUGGGGGUUCGGAUGGAGAGGCUGGGAAUGCCACGGGAGGUAGCACUAAUAAUAGGGAUUCCUCAUAUCAGAGAUAUGAUAUUCAGCAGGUAGCAAGGUGGAUUGAGCAGAUUCUGCCGUUUUCAUUGCUUCUGUUGGUCGUAUUCAUUCGACAGCAUUUGCAAGGUUUCUUUGUUACAAUUUGGAUCGCUGCUGUGAUGUUCAAGUCAAACGAUGUUCUACGGAAGCAGACAGCCCUAAAGGGUGAGAGAAGAAUCUCUGUUCUGGUUGGAAUCACAAUAGUUUUCAUGCUUCAUGUGAUUGGAGUUUACUGGUGGUACAGAAAUGAUGAUCUUUUAUACCCCCUGGUCAUGCUUCCACCGAAAGCAAUACCACCAUUCUGGCAUGCUAUAUUCAUCAUCAUGGUGAACGAUACCAUGGUACGGCAGGCAGCGAUGGUUUUCAAGUGUAUGCUACUGAUGUACUACAAGAACAGCAGAGGCCGUAAUUACCGUAAGCAGGGUCAAAUGCUAACCCUUAUUGAGUAUUUCCUGCUGCUGUACCGUGCUCUGCUUCCAGCACCAGUUUGGUAUCGGUUCUUCUUGAACAAGGAAUAUGGAAGUCUCUUUUCUUCCCUUACUACAGGGCUCUACCUGACUUUUAAACUGACAUCAGUUGUCGAGAAGGUCCAAUCAUUCUUUGCUGCAUUGAAGGCAUUGUCACGUAAAGAGGUGCAUUAUGGGUCAUAUGCAACGGCUGAGCAGGUUAUUGCAGCAGGUGAUCUAUGUGCAAUUUGCCAGGAGAAGAUGCAUGCACCGAUCUUGCUUAGGUGCAAACACAUCUUCUGUGAAGACUGUGUAUCUGAAUGGUUUGAGAGAGAGCGAACCUGCCCGUUGUGCAGGGCACUGGUGAAACCCGCAGACCUCAGAUCAUUCGGUGAUGGCUCUACGAGUCUCUUCUUCCAGUUGUUUUAAAUUGGCCAAAGAUGCGGAAUAAAUGCUUCACCGCCGCAUUGAGAUGCUGCUUAAACAUGCCUUGCCACUUGAUUACCAUCUUGCAGUAAUUUCUCUGCACAUCUUAUAUUUGAUUUUUUCCGUGUUUUUGGUCCUGCGGUCUGCUGUAAAACUGGCUUGAAAGGUUGUUGUGUGUUUAUAAGCUGUGUUCAUGGGUUGGGUUAUGUAUAUCUUUCAUGGGCCCCUUGCUAGGGAAUUUUUUAACAAACAGAUGAGGGUCUUUGACCGUGUAUCUGAUAUAUACCUGUAAUUCCAAUAUAUAUGAAGUAAAAUGUUUAAAUGGCCA